AUGGCUACAAGCAGUCCUGCUGAAGAAAGACAACUUUUCCUGAUGGAAAACAUGAACAGGAGACUAGAUUCUAUUUUAGAGAGCCAGAAGAAACUGAAAGAAGCAAACGCAGCAGUUCAGCAAGUUAACGUAACUAGCAAAACAGGAGCGACUAAAUAACAGCAAACGCGGCUCAAAACUGUCACGCAGAGAAUCUAAAGGAGAAGUUCCAAUGGAUUUAAGG